AUGAGCAGUUCUACUGCAUGGCGUUCAUGUGACACAUCUGUUUUAGUGGGGGGUUAUAAUGAUAUGGGAAGUCUGGUCUACUGGGUUACCAAUAGUUCAUUUACUGCAAUCCAGCAAGUAUCUCUCAAACAUCCUGUUGUUCGUGCUACAUUAGGGUUACUUGACAAGGAUUCUCCAACAGCCCCUGCGAUUUCUGAAGAAAUGGUUACACCAGAAUCGAUGUCAUUGGUUUCACCAACAGAGUGGCACAAAGUUUCUCCAGAAAAUUUAUCACCUCAUGAACUACUAGUACUGUCAGUUCAACUGUUAUCCUGUGGGCGUAGAGACAGAGCUAUUUCUAUGUUGCAAAUGGCACUUAAGAAGGAACCUAACCACAUGAAGGCUUUAAUUGUUAUGGGGCAUACUCUGCUGCAAGAUGGAAUCCACGCAGAGGCUGCUGACUAUUUGGAGCGUGCUAUUUCCAAGCUCUUUCUUGCUGGCUAUCCAACAGCUGAAGAUGUCGACCAUCUAAUCCUUGCAUCUCAAUGGGCAAGUGUUGCCUGUAUAAGUCAGGGAAAGAAUUCGGAAGGAAUUGUGCACCUAGAAAGGGUAGCAAGUCUAGAAGAACCAGAGGACCCUAAAAGCAAAGCCCGCUACUUUGAUGGUUUAUUAUUGCUUGCGAGUGCUUUAAGUAGGGAAGGUCGAAAAGUUGAGGCUGUCAAAUAUCUGCGAUUAGUUGUUGCUUAUGAUCCUUCUCGCAAGGAUUUCUUGGAAGAAUGUGAAAACGACGACAAUUUUCUUGGCGAUCUUGCUUACAGCAGGAGAGGAGAUUACUGA